AUGCUGGCAGAUAGGCUCAAAGUGCUAGUGCGCAUUUCAAUCAUCUUUGAUGUACUUAACAGUAAUAUCUCAACCACUGCACUUGGUGUGAAGCUUUCUUCUUAUUCAGUUCAGCGUCGAAGUUUGAAUGAGCCUCUCCUAGACAAGGAAUUUACUGGUACCAGUAAAUUUCCUCGUGCUAACAGUGAAAAUCAACUUGAUAAACUGGGUGGCAGUCCGAAGGAUGCUACGAUACCUGUAGGUGCAGAUGGAGGGCAAACUGGAAAACCUAGCAGUAUCCUAGGAAAUGACGGCAAAAAAUUUGUAUUGGGAGAUUCUGAUAUAGAAAGCGGGCAGGCUGUUAAACGCAAGGCCAGUGAAGUUGACGAAGUGCAAACGCCUCUCAUUCAGCCUAAAAAGCAGCGUACUCACGGUUCAUUCAAUGAAAUCGGAGAAAAACAUGAGAAAGAGUCGAGGUUCUUUUCCUCGUCCGAAAAUCAUGUUUAUAAAUAUGAUAAGCAAAUUCAUACACCAACACUUGAGCUAUUGGAUAACGGUUUUUACAAAUCAACCUGCUUCCAAGAUCCCAAUCCAUCCAACUCUGAAGAACCAAAUGGAUGGUGCAUAGUCAUCAACUCUACAAUCAAUCAUGGUCAAGGUUUUGUGGUUGUUGCACCCACAAAAUACUUGGAAGGAUUCUUUAAAAAGGGACUCAAAUUAUCAGACGAUCCGCCAGAUUUUGGUGCCGGAAGGAUUGUCCAGAUGCCGGAGAAAGGUGGUAAGGGAGUCGUAGCUGCCCGUAAACUCGAAAGGGGCGAUUACGUCCAACAGCUAUACCCGGUUGCACUGUUUACGAGGACGGAACCAGUGUGGGAAACUCCCUUUGGUCAAAGUAUUCAGCGACAAGCCAUUGAUCAUUUGCCACUGCAAACGCGGGCUGCUUUAUCGCGUCUUGCCGGAAGCGGUCAGACUGAGGAUGAAUUUAUCUCUCGUAUGAUUGGGGCCAACACUUUUUCAACCUAUCAUAUGGCUGGAGAAAAUGAUCUUGAGUUGAGUGCACUAUAUUUGGGCGCCUCGCGAUUCAAUCACUCCUGCAAGCCAAAUGUAUAUUACUACAUUGAUCACGAGACUCAGCUAAUGCAUAUAAAGGCUUAUGAGCCAAUUGAAGUGGGCGAGGAACUUACUAUAUCUUACGUCUUCCAAGAGUUGUAUCAGGAAGAUCGGCAAAGAAGACUAAGAGAUCUCUAUGGUUUUGAUUGCACUUGCCCACAUUGCUUGCUGAGUGAGGAACUUGUGGAGCAGUCCGAUCGACGAAUUUGGAGGCUCAAGGAGCUCAGGGAGCUCUCCAAAAAAUCAAAUCUUUAUCCGAGUGAAAUCAAGCAAUUUCUCAAAUUUGCUGAGAUAGAAAGAAUUCCCAAGUUCAUAGCUCGUGCCAGCCUGAUUGCUGCUCACUUUUCCAAUUCAAAAAAAGAAAUGGAACAAGUAAAAGAGCAUGCAGAGAAAGCCAAAUUUAUGGGAGAUCUUGAGGGUGGAAUUAACUGGUCUGCUGAAGACGUCAAGGAUUUGGAAGCACUUCUUGAUGAGCCUGAUAAGCACGGCUCUCAUUUGUCAUACAAAGUCCAGGGAAUUGAAGGAACAGAUGGGAAAAAACCUGGUUUCUUCUCUUCAUCCAAAAAUCCUGUUUAUAAAUACGAUAAAGAAAUUCCUGAGCCAAAACUUGAGCCAUUGAAUAAAGGUUUUUACAAAUCGACCUGCUUCCAAGAUCCCAAUCCAUCCAACUCUGAAGAGCCAAAUGAUUGGUGCAUCCUCAUAAACUCCACCAUCAACCACGGUCAAGGAUGUGUUAUCAUCGCCCCCAAAAAGCACUUGGAAAAUUUCUUUGAAGAUGGACUCAACCUUUCAGACGAUCCACCAAAAUUGGCCGCCGUAGAGACUGUCACAAUGCCUGAAAAAGGUGAUAUGGUGGGAGCAGUGGCUGCUCGUAAACUUGAGACCGGUGAUGAUAUCAAAAAGAAAUACCCCGUUGGAUUGUUUCCAGAAAAGGAACCGAUAUGGAAAACUCCCUUGGGUGAUAGUAUUCGACGACAAGCCAUUGAUCAUUUACCGCCCCAGACGCGGGCUGCCAUCUCACGUCUUCCCGGAUGGGGUGCGACCGAGGACGAGUUUAUUUCUUUUGUGAUUGGGGCCAACAGUUUAUCAACCUAUCACAAUGUUUCAGGAAAUUCAAUUCCUUUUGCUGCGUUGUACUUGGACGCACAAUUUGAUCAUUCCUGUAGACCCAAUGUAUGGUACUCCAUUGAUGAAAAAACGCAGCUAUUGCAUAUGAAGGCGUUUGGAUCUAUUGCAGCUGGCGAGGAACUUACCAUAACUUAUUGUGUUCCAGAAUUGCAGCGUGCGGCUCGGUACAGAGAGUUGAGGGAAUUCUUUGGUUUUGAUUGCACUUGCUCGCAUUGUCUGAUGAGUGAGGAGCUUGGAGAGAGGUCAGAUGAAAAUGUUCUGCGAAUCAUCCAGCUGUAUCAUUGGUCCAGAAAGAAAAAUCUUUCCCCUGCUCAAGCCAAGGAAUUUGUUAAAAUUAGCGAGGAGGAAAAAAUCCCCAGGCAAAUAGCACUUGCACACCUGUUGGCAGCUAAAGUGCACAACUCAAAAGAUGAAGUAAUGAAAGUGCAUUUAGAGAGAGCAAAAUUCAUUGGUGACCUUCUAUGCGGACAAAACUGGUCAAAAAGUGACCAAGAAGAUUUGGAAAGACUUCUUAGAGAAAUUGAAAAUUAG